UUCUUUCACACCGAUGAGGUGUUAUUGUGCGGGAGGACAAACGUGUGUGGAGUUAUGUGACUCCAGAACAAAAGGAACCACCGGGAGGAGGAAGAGGCUGGCACGUUCCACCAGAGGAGAAGAAUAGAAAAGUGAAAGAGGGACUGUACCCCCCGGAGAGAGACACCCAUUUGAGAUCAGAUAGCAAAACUUUUUUAGCUAUCCUUUAUCUUUCUUCAUCGGACUUUUAUUCUUAUUUUCAUCCAGAAUAUUUUUUUUUAAAUCUUCCUGCGGAAGAGAAGAGAAACUUGAAAUCUGUUUUAAGAAGAACAACCAUUAUCAACAAACUUUCAUACACAACUGACCAACUCAUCAAGAUAUUAGAGAGGAAGAUUGAGAUAGAGGGACAGCGUGUCCUUCUGCAGCGGGAGCCGAGAUGCUGCGCUACCUGAUCAAAACGCUGCUCCAGAUGAACCUGUUUACCGACACACUGCGCGACUCCAAUGGCACAGACCUCCUCUACAAUCUCUCCAUCCCCACCUUCAACAGCUCGCUGCUUGACUGGGCCAACUUCACCGGCUUCAAUGGAUCUCGGCCAAGGUUGGAGGACGCACCUCCGCGAAUCGUGGAGCAUCCUUCAGACCUGAUUGUAUCGAAAGGAGAGCCGGCGACGCUGAACUGUAAGGCUGAGGGCCGGCCGACACCCAUGGUAGAGUGGUAUAAAGAUGGAGAGAGGGUGGAGACAGACCGCGAGGACCCUCGCUCGCACCGCAUGCUGCUCCCUACAGGUUCACUCUUCUUCCUCAGGAUUGUGCACGGACGCCGGAGCAAGCCAGAUGAAGGUGUAUAUGUGUGUGUAGCCAGGAACUACCUGGGAGAAGCCGUCAGUCGCAAUGCAUCUUUGGAAGUUGCAAUUUUGCGGGAUGAUUUCCGGCAGACCCCCAGCGAUGUGGUUGUAGCGGCAGGAGAGCCAGCUGUAAUGGAGUGUAUUCCCCCACGCGGUCACCCUGAGCCCACCAUCUCCUGGAAACGGAACAAUGUAAAAGUUAAUGACAAAGAUGAGAGGAUCACUAUCCGAGGAGGCAAGCUGAUGAUCUCGAACACGCGCAAGAGUGACGCAGGGAUGUACGUGUGUGUAGGAACCAACAUGGUAGGAGAAAAGGACAGCGAUCCAGCUGAGCUAGUAGUGUUUGAGAGGCCUAUGUUUGUGCGGAGGCCGAUCAAUCAAGUGGUCCUGGCUGAUGACACCGUGGACUUUCAGUGUGAGGUUCAAGGAGAUCCAGCCCCAACUAUCCGCUGGAGAAGGGAGGAGGGAGAGCUGCCCCGGGGCAGAUUCGAGAUCCGGAGUGAUAACAGUCUGCGGUUGAUGCAGGUGAGAGCGGAGGAUGAAGGAACGUACACUUGCAUGUCUGAAAACAGCGUUGGCAAAGCAGAGGCAUCAGGAACACUGCAGGUUCAUGUUCCUCCUCAGAUUGUGGUUCGUCCCCGGGAUCAGAUCUCGGCGCUGGGACGUACCGUGACGUUCCUGUGUGGCACUAAGGGAAACCCACCACCUGCAGUGUUCUGGCAAAAAGAAGGGAGCCAGAUGCUGAUGUUCCCCAGCCAGCCACCAGCGCAGUCAGGUCGCUUCUCUGUGUCACUGAGCGGUGAGCUCACCAUUAGCAAUGUGCACAGCGAGGAUUCUGGGUAUUAUAUUUGCCAGGCCAUCAGCGUAGCAGGAAGUGUCCUCACCAAAGCCCUGCUGGAAGUAGAAGACGCUCCAUCCGAUCGGGUCCCGCCCAUCAUCCGUCAAGGUCCAGCCAAUCAGACGCUUGCUCCUGGAGCCACUGCCCAACUGCAGUGUUAUGUAAUGGGCAACCCAUUACCCAGCAUUCAGUGGGAGCGAGAUGGACAGAGAAUCCUGGGAAAUGACGAGCGCAUCAGCUUAAUGGAUAAUGGCAGCUUACAAAUCACAGCCCUACAGGAAACGGACUCGGGGGUCUACACCUGUGUCGCCUCCAGCUCCAGCGGCGAGACCAGUUGGAGUGGAGUACUUACUGUGAAAGAGAGUGGAGAUGUGGCUAUGGCUCCUGUCUCUGAGCCUUACCAGUUGCCCGGGCCGCCUCACAAACCUGUCGUGACUGAUGUGACGCGGAACAGUGUGACGUUGACCUGGCAGCCUAACGCCCAUGAGGGUGGCUCUGCCGUGACCUCAUACAUCAUUGAGGCCUUCAGCCAGUCCGCAGGCAAUACAUGGCAGACAGUAGCAGACCUGGUGCGAUUUGAAAAGCACACAGUGACUGGCCUCUUCCCCAACACCAUCUACCUCUUCAUUAUCCGAGCGGUUAAUGCCUACGGACUUAGCGACCCCAGCCCAAUCUCAGAGCCUGUGCGCACACAAGAUGUAAGUCCAACAGGGCAGGGUGUGGACCACAGGCAGGUUCAGCGAGAGCUGGGGGAAGUGGCUGUGGAACUACAGCAGCCUGUGCUACUGAGUGCAUCAAGCGUCCGGAUAACAUGGACUGUUGACCGUCAGUCUCAGUACAUCCAGGGCUAUCGGUUGCUUUACCGUCCGACUGGUGGCUCCUGGCUCCAGCAGGAUGUAAAAGCAGCCCCCGAGCAUAGCGCUGUCCUCAACAACCUGCUCAAAGGCACUGAGUAUGAGGUCAAAAUCAGGCCCUACUUCAAUGAAUUCCAGGGCAUCGACAGCCACCCACUGAUCCUCCGCACUCCAGAAGAAGUCCCCAGCGCCCCUCCUCAGGCAGUUACUGUGUCUACAGUCACACUCAGCAACAGCUCCAGCAUCAGUGUUUCAUGGCAGCCUCCCCCUGCUGAGAUGCAAAAUGGUAUCAUCCAAGAGUACAGGAUCUGGUGCCUGGGAAAUGACUCUCAGGCACGCUACCACAUUAACCAGACAGUGGACGGGAACGUGCUGUCGACAAUGGUGAAAGGUCUGCUGGCUGGCGUCCUCUACCAGGUGGAGGUGGCAGCAGUGACCAGCGCUGGAGUGGGCAUGCGCAGUGAGCCAGUCCCUGUCAUCAUCAAGUUACCAUCAGAGCAGCCUGUCCCGAGUGGGAACGGAGACUCGGAUCAGAACGUCAGUCUUGCUGAACAGAUCACAGAUGUGGUAAAGCAGCCUGCCUUCAUUGCAGGUAUUGGUGGGGCAUGCUGGGUAAUCCUCAUGGGCUUCAGCGUAUGGAUAUACUGCAGACGCAAGAAGAGAAAGGAACUAAGCCACUACGCCACUUCAUUCGCAUAUACACCAGCAGUUGGAUUUCCUCAUGGGGAAAGUGCAGGACUAAAUGGAAGGCCUGGUGUGUUGGGUUCUAAUAUGGGGAAUUACCCCUGGCUAGCAGAUUCCUGGCCCACUACAAACCUUGUGCAUAAUGGCAAAGAUUCGGUCAACUGCUGUACCUCCAAACAUGAUACAGCAGAGAGAUACUACAAUGAGGCUGGAAUCUCCAACUACCUCAACCAGACUGAGAAGUACAGCAAUGGCUCCAACGAGGGCCCCAUCUACAGCACCAUCGACCCUACUGCUGAAGACCUACGCAGUUUCUCUGCCCAGUACUCUCAGCACACCACACCCUAUGCUAGCACUCCCAUCAUGCCUUUCACUAACCAGACCCCCUGCAGCCCUGACCAAGAUGGUGGCCACUGGAUUAACCAACCAGGAACUAGUGCGCAGUAUGCUCAGCCAGACCGCUCUAAAGCAGAUAAUGCUAAACAGUCAAAGCAGAAGUCAAUGGGGAAGGCGGUGAAGACUCCGUCUCUGAACUGGAUGGAGCCUUUACCACCUCCACCCCCCUCUUCAGAGUUAGAACACUGUGCAGAUGAUGAUGAGGAUGAACAUAUAGAGGACAUGGGCACUGAUGAGGAGGACUGGUGCCCACCACUGCCAGAGAGGACCUAUCUAAUGGAUGGUGUAGCAGAGGACGGACCAUGUCCUCCUCCCAGAGGAGACGCCUCAUCUCCAACCACUUCCUACAGCCACCAGUCCACAGCCACUCUCACACCCUCACCAAGAGAGGAGGCACGCCACUGCAAUGACACACCACAACGCCUGCACCAGUCUGAACAACACCAGGCGGGACGACGGUUGCCAUGUGGACCAGUGCCCAUCCCGCGGGCACCGAGCCCUCCCCUCACACAGUCCAACCCAAACCUGUCGGCCAAUCAGGAGAGCUCUGAGAGCGGCACACCACACCGCGCAGCACACAGACGGGAUUUAAGCCAAGGAGCAACACAAAGUGUAGAUAAUGUCAAUGCACCAGGGCGAGCAAGAACCUCUGUAGGAGAGCAGGUCCAAUCAGGUCCACCAGGCCAGAAGGCUCGGGUAAAGAAGAAAAGCUCAAAGAGCAGCCAGUACCGCAGAGACAUCAUACAAGGAGAUCUGCCUCCUCCUCCAGAACCCCCUCCUGAGGACGAGCCUGACCAACUCCCAGCAGGAGACCUGGAGUGUGGACACACAUCUUUAGAAAGGGACGGGGGCUCGCUGUCCUCCAUGGAGAGGAGAGAUCAAAACACGCGCAAGAACUCAGCUCAAAGACGCAAAGAUGAUGAUGAGUUGGUCCCUUACAACAAGCACAACAUUCUGUCCCGCGGUCAGAUGUCCAGCAACUGCUCCACGACAGGAAGUUCUUCGUCGCGAGGCUCGACAGGAUCCAGAGGUCAAGGAAGCAGCCGCAAAAGGAAUGAGGAGAAGAGAUAAAUGAAUGCCAAUAAACAGGAGGAAAAAAAACUUCAGUCAACACAGCCGUCAGUAUUCUCUCAUUUUCUUGCCUGAAAGAACAGAUGAGCAGAGAGGAGGAUGAGGACGAGUACACAGAUUCAUUAUCUGCCUCAUCACAUACAAAUCAUGGACAUUUCAUUACGUUAUUAUUAUUAUUGUUAUUUAUGACUUUCAUGGGGCCAUUUUAAAUCCCAUUGUCACUGUAAAUAGUCUUCUCUUUAAGCUUUUUACACGGGGUCCAGAUCAAGAGAAAGAAAUAUAUUGUAUUUAUAAGAAAAAGACGUAAAAGAAAACAUGUCGAAAGGUCCAAUAUAAAUUUAAGGAAGUUAUCGUCUGAAUGUGCCAACCUCUUUUUGUAGAAAUGUACACAGUACUUUUUUGAUCGCAUACAUGAUAUUGCACUCUCGUUGUGUUGAGAAGCAACAAACGAUACAGAGCACAAUGUGUGUUUAAGCUAAAGACCAUUAGCUUUCAUUUCCCACUCCAAUAACGUCUGACCAAACUCCACAUUGUGUUUGUCCAUUAUGGAAGGCUGUCUCUGUUAUUUUUUUUAAGGACUGCUUCAGUGACAGUGUGAAAAUGUGUUCCAUUCAGAAAAAAAGGAAAAAAAAAAAUCUGUUCAGCUGACUAACUUUUUGGUAGUCCUUGUUGUUUUGUAAAAAUGAAAUAAAAACACAUUUGGUGAACCAUA